AUGCCCGCCUUCUACAAUGCCUGUGUCAGCCCAUCCACUUUCUCCCUCACGGGCAUCCCUCAGCUGGAAGCAGCCUAUGCAUGGAUCUCCAUCCCUUUUUGCUCCAUGUACAUCAUUGCUGUUGUGGGGAACUGCACCAUCCUGCUCAUCAUCAAGACGGAGCCAUCCCUCCACGAGCCAAUGUACCUCUUUCUCUCAAUGCUGGCCAUCAUCGACCUGGUCCUCUCCUCCUCCACAAUGCCCAAGCUGCUUGGCAUCUUCUGGUUUGAUGACAAAGACAUCAGCUUCCACGCCUGCCUCUUCCAGAUGUUCGUCAUCCAUUCUUUUGCCACCAUUGAGUCUGGGAUCUUUCUUGCUAUGGCUUUUGACCGCUACGUGGCCAUAUGUUCCCCCCUGAGGCACAAGGCGAUCUUAACCCAUUCCGCUGUUGCCAAGAUUGGGGCGGCAGCCGCUCUGCGGGGCUUCCUGUACAUUGCUCCACUGCCCCUGCUAGUCAGGCGGUUCACCUACUACCGCACCAACGUCAUUGCGCAUUCCUAUUGUGAGCACAUGGCGGUGGUGAUGCUCUCCUGUGAGGAUAUCUCCGUCAGUAACGUCUACGGCAUGAGCAUUGGUUUCCUGGUACUCAUCGCUGACUCCCUCUGUAUUGGGCUGUCCUAUGUGCUCAUCUUCCGGGCAGUGAUGAGCUUGGCCACCACGGAGGCCCGCCUCAAAUCCUUCAGCACGUGCACCUCGCACAUCUGCGCCAUCUUGGCCUUCUAUAUCCCCAUAGCCGUUUCCUCCCUGACUCACCGCUUUGGCCACAACGUGGCUCCCCCAACACACAUCCUGCUAGCCAACUUCUACCUCAUCAUCCCUCCUGUCUUGAACCCCAUCGUGUAUGCUGCCCGGACCAAAGAAAUCCGGAAGAAGAUGGCAAAGAUCCUGUCUUGGGCCAGAAGAGAAGCCAGAGGCUUUCUGUAA